UCCGGGUUUCGCCUACGUCAUCGUAGGAAAAUUAGAUCGACGGCAAAAUUCUUUAUAAAAAAAACGCUUUAUUAACGUUCGUCUUUCAACUACUUCCGAAUUUCUCAGACGGGUUUAAUUUUUCCAGUGAGCAGGCCCACUUUUUAAUGACAGCUAAGUACAUUUUUUAAUUCGAGGCAUGAUCAUCAUUAUUUCAUUUUAUAUACUUUUUGAGCUAAUUCGUGCACUACAAUCAAUUUGAUAGAUUUACAUUCUGCUGUUCUAUUUGCCUUUUCAAUCUCAUCAUUUAUCAUUAACCAGCAAGAAAAUGCAACGAGCUGCAUCAGUGACUGCUAUCUGGCAUUGCUUAAGCCUUUGAGGGUUCAAAGUUCAAAUCCGGGCCUCUUGUGCAUGUCUGGCAGACGUCAGUUUGGUGACCUCGGCGGACACCCUCAGCGAUUCCGUCACAAGCCGCAUUGUGGUUUCCCUCCGAGGGCAGCUCUGGUAUUGACGGCAAUUUAUAAUAACAUCAUUGAGCAUCUCAAAGCUCUGUCGCGCACCUUCGACUCGAGGUCCCCGGCACCUGACGGCGAAAAUGUCCGAGAAGGGAGACUUCGACACCAACGUGCUGACCCUCACCAGGUUUGUGCUGGAGGAGGGCAGGAAGGCCCACGGAACAGGCGAGCUCACCAACCUGCUCAACUCCAUCUGCACGGCCGUCAAAGCCAUCUCCACCGCUGUCAGGAAGGCCGGCAUUGCCAACUUGUACGGUAUCGCCGGUAGCACCAAUGUGACGGGAGACCAGGUGAAAAAGUUGGACGUGCUCUCCAACGACCUGGUCAUCAACAUGCUCAAGUCAUCCUUCAGCUCCUGCGUGCUGGUGUCCGAAGAAGAUGAGCAUGCUAUCGUCGUCGAGUCGGACAAGAGCGGCAAAUACAUCGUCUGCUUUGACCCGCUGGACGGUUCCUCCAACAUCGAUUGUCUGGUCUCCAUUGGUACCAUCUUUGCUAUCUACAAGAAGACCACAAAUGACGCGCCCAACGAGAAGGACGCCCUGCAGCCGGGGAGGAACCUGGUCGCCGCCGGUUACGCUCUGUACGGUAGCGCCACCAUGUUGGUGCUGUCUACCGGGCAAGGUGUCAACUGCUUCAUGCUUGACCCGGCCAUCGGGGAGUUCAUCCUGGUGGAUCGAGACGUCAAAAUCAAGAAGAAAGGGAAAAUCUACAGCUUGAAUGAAGGAUACGCUCAGCAUUUCUACCCUGAUGUGACGGAAUAUAUUCAGAAGAAAAAGUUCCCUGAGGACGGUUCUGCUCCCUACGGCAGCCGCUAUAUCGGCUCCAUGGUAGCAGAUGUCCAUCGCACGUUGGUGUACGGCGGCAUCUUUUUAUACCCUGCCAACACCAAGAGCCCAAAAGGAAAGCUGCGACUACUCUACGAGUGCAACCCCAUGGCGUUCAUCAUGGAGCAGGCGGGCGGCAUGGCCACCACGGGGGCCGGCAACAUUCUGGACAUCCAGCCCACCAACAUCCACCAGAGGGUCCCCGUGGUGCUGGGCUCGCCCGAUGACGUGCAGGAGUACAUUGGCAUCUAUAAGAAGCAUCACAAAUGAGUCUGGUUCUUCGGCUCAUGGCCUGGAUCGCACUGAAACCGCAAGCUGACAGACAACCUCUUUUUGACUUCACUUCCAUUUGUUUAGGUAAAAAAAGAUGAAUAAAUAUUUGUCACUG